AUGGAUCCGCAACCAUCUAGCAGGGCGUCGUCGCGCCGAGCUGCCUCCCUGUCCGGCAAGAGUGGGGACGAGACAUCCGACCGCCUCAGCUCCGGUAGACCGCGCCGGCAGCGGCGUCUGGCAGGUCCCCUAGAUGGGCAGGCCUUCGACGCCGCCACGCCCGCCAAGCGCCCAAGGCUGCGGCGAGCCUCCCGAAGGAGGAUGGAGGAGGACCGUCCGGAAAAGUCCAUCUACGACAAGCUGCUGAACCGCGCCCGCCACCAGCUCUCCCGCAUCAGGCAGGAGCAGGCGCUGGUUGAUGCCUAUGCGGCGGACGGCUGGCGGGGGGCGGCACGCGAGAAGGUGAGACCCCUGCAGGAGAUCCAGCGCGCCAAGGACCAGAUCCGGAGGUGCCGCGAGAUCGUGCGGGAGUGUGUCAGGACCUGCGAGGAGGCAGAGGGAGACACCCCAAUCCCAGCCAGCUGCUUUGAUGAGGAGGGGGAGCUCGACUCGGACGCCAUCUUCUGCGCCAAGUGCGGAAAUCGGGAAGCUGACGACGACAACGACAUCGUUCUGUGCGACGGUCCUUGCAACCGAGCCUACCACUGCAAGUGCAUCGUGCCGCCCCUGGACGUCAGCACCCUGACAGAGGAUGAGGGCUGGCUGUGCCCUGCCUGCGACCACAAGGUGGACAUCCUGUCGCUCAUCAAUGACGAGUUCGACACGGAGUAUGGGCUGGAGGACGGGUGGCAGCAGAUCCUGGAGCCUGGCAGCCUCCCUGCCAGUGACGGGGCCGAGGAGGGGGAGGCUGUGGCCGUGGGCGAGGGCGGCGCGGGCUUGCUAGUGGGCGGCGCCGACCUGCCUUCGGAGGACGAGGAGGAUUCGGAUUUCGAGGGCCUCGCGAACAGCUCCGCGGGCGUCGGGCCCGAGGACCCAGAAGCGCAGACGCUGGUGGUCGAGGGCCGGCGCAGGCGUGCGCAAGUGGACUACCGAGCCCUGCAUGCCGCUAUGUUUGGCACGGCAGAGGCGGAGGAUGGCUCUGGAGAGGAGGACGAGGUGUGGUCGCCCCGCACGCAACCGGGGCUGGCCCUGGAGUCUCCAGGCUAG